UUGAUUUUUGACGGCGAGAGUAGUGUGCGCGUUCCGAAGUGUAAAAGCAAAAAUAAAUAAAUAAUAGGCACUCACCGAAAAGUGCAACCACUGUCAAUAAUAUAUAGAGAUUAAAUGAACAACGCGCUGCGCAGCCAAAAGCAUCGAAUUUUAUCGUAAUUCUUCCAACAACUGCUAAAGCGUGCGGCAGAUUUUGUGAUGCGCACUGAGCACAAAAUUUGAGCGCAAAGAAAACGAACGGUCAAACAAAAAAAGAAGGAAAAGGUGCGAAUGAAAAUCCAAAUACACAAGUGAAAAUUUUGAAUCAGUUGUUUUAAUAUAUAAUCUCAAGUGUAUGCCAAUAUAUAACAACGUAACGUAAUGUAUUUGCGCAAACAAAUGAAUAUUAUUAUUAUAGCUGUUCUCUUCUAACGUUUGCUCAGUUAGUUAUUAGUGUAUCUCUCUCUUGUCAGUGUUGGUGUCUGUGUGUGUGUGCGUGCCUAUUCGUGUGCCAAACAAAAAAAAGGGCGUCACAGUUGAAAUUUUAUGCAGCAACACUAAAACAAGAAAAAAGCCAAACCACAACGGACCAAAAGCUAUUGAAGGCAACUGCUUUGUGAUAUUUGCCAGCAAUAUGCAAUAAUGGAUUCGUUGACAACAUUGACCAGCGGUCAAAGCACGUGCCGUGAUCAUUUAUCGCUGCAGCCUUUGCAGAAGCUGCGAUCGUCUCGUGGUUCCAGCUCCAAUUUGAGGACAAGUCGUUCACCUUCCGCCAGCCGAAGUAGCGAGCAAAUGUCCAGGGAGCGCAGCAGCGACUCGACCACAGCAGCAGCAGCAUCGUCAGCGGUAGCAGCCACAGCAGCAGCCGUCACAGGAAACGUUGCAACAACGACGUCGUCAGCGUCAGCGACAGCAACAACAACAGCGGCAGCAACAGGAACGGGAACAACGUCGGCAACGUCGACGACAGCCAACAGCAAUUCGUCGGCCUCGUCCAGCACAGUGGCAGCUGCACAGGCGGCUGUCUAUAGCGGCGGCAACACGGUGACCGGCAGUCUGGGCAGCAGUGGGGGCGUGGCAGUGCGAGGUUUUCGCAGCCACAGCCCCACACACCGUCGACGCAGCCGUGAGCGACAGCGACGCACCCAUGGCUCCGAUCAAGGCGGUCUCCUCGCCUACAGCGGCCUCAUAGGCGAGGGCAGCAGCUUCAUUGCUGCUGUCCGUGGCGGUGGCGAUGGCGGAGGCGGUGGCGGUGGCAGCGCUGGCACUGGCAGCGGACUGGAGGACUCACGUUUGUCCGGCAACGAGGAUUACUACUCGUCGUUUGUCUCCGAUGAGUUUGACAGCAGCAAGAAGCUGCAUCAUCGUCGCACUCACGAGCGCAGCUCCAGUGUGCAGGCCAUCGAUCGGCUCAACACGAAGAUACAGUGCACCAAGGAGUCCAUACGACAGGAACAAACUGCUCGAGAUGACAAUGUCAACGAGUAUCUGAAACUCGCAGCCAGCGCCGACAAACAGCAACUGCAGCGCAUCAAGGCGGUGUUCGAGAAAAAGAAUCAGAAAAGCGCACACAGCAUUUCACAGCUACAGAAAAAGUUGGACAACUAUACGAAACGCGCCAAGGAUCUGCAGAAUCAUCAAUAUCAGACCAAGAGCCAGCAUCGCCAGCCACGCGAAGUGCUGCGCGACGUGGGCCAAGGACUGCGCAAUGUGGGCGGCAACAUACGUGACGGCAUCACUGGAUUCUCCGGUUCGGUGAUGUCCAAGCCGCGCGAAUUUGCGCAUCUCAUCAAGAACAAAUUUGGCAGUGCCGAUAAUAUCAAUCAAAUGAGCGAGGCCGAGCUGCAGGGCAUACAAUCGGGCGACGCGGAUGUCCUCAACGUGGGCAACAACGAGCGUUUGCCACAGCUGCCCGGCAUGGGCACCUCCACAGGUUCCGGCGGUGGCAAUAACAACAACAACACCGGCACAGGCAGCGGCACUGGGAAAUUCAACAGCGACAACGGCAGCGAGUGCAGCAGCGUCACCAGCGAAAGCAUACCAGCGGGCUCUGGCAAGAGUCAAUCAGGCGCCAGCCAAUAUCACAUUGUGCUCAAAUCAUUGCUGACCGAACUGGCCGAGCGUAAGGCUGAAAACGACAAGCUCAAGGAGCGCAUAGAGCGUCUAGAGACGGGCCAAAAAGAGUUCAACAAUUUGACCUCGACACUCGAAAGUGAACGCUAUCGUGCCGAGGGUUUGGAAGAGCAAAUCAAUGACUUGACGGAAUUGCAUCAGAAUGAAAUUGAGAAUCUGAAACAAACCAUUGCUGACAUGGAGGAGAAAGUACAAUACCAAAGCGAUGAAAGACUACGUGACGUCAACGAAGUGCUCGAAAACUGUCAGACAAGGAUAUCGAAAAUGGAGCAUAUGUCACAGCAGCAAUAUGUCACCGUCGAGGGCAUCGAUAACUCAAAUGCUCGCGCUCUGGUUGUGAAACUCAUCAAUGUGGUAUUAACGAUAUUGCAAGUGGUAUUGCUGUUGGUAGCCACCGCCGCUGGCAUUAUAAUGCCAUUUCUCAAGACGAGGGUGCGCGUGCUGACCACAUUUCUGACGAUUUGCAUCAUCAUCUUUGUGAUACGACAAUGGCCAGAUGUUCAGGAUAUAGGCGCAGGACUUGUGCGGCAUCUCAAACAGUCGCUGGUGGUCAAGUGAAGCGCCUCCACCUUCUCCUCCUCCUCCACGUUCGAUUAGUAGACCCUUAAUGUUAUUAGUUAUUAAGUAUACAAAAAGAUGAAAGAAGAAAGUGCAUAUUUUGUAAAUAGCUUAUAAAUACACACAUACAAUCACACUCACAAACACACGAAAACGUAAUAAUUUAAUAUAUCUAAUUAGUUACAAGACAACAAACGCAUCACAUUGAACGACUCGACUAACACACAUGAAAACAUAAAUGAAUACAAGUUGUACAAACAAACAAACAUACAAAAACUGAAAACGAUAUCGCACACAUUCACACAUAACUCACAAUCACACUCACAUACAUAUGUAUACAUAUAGCGAAAUUCUAUCUAAAAGCUCUGCUAAAGGUUUAGUCUAAUAAUAAUAAAAUAAUAACUGCGAUGCUGACAAGUUUCUGUGCAUUACUCAAUACUAUAAAUUAACUAUGUAUAUCUAAUUACUAUACUAUAUAUAUGGAACUCUAUUUAUAGUUAUCGUAUUCAUUAAACAAAACGUUUGUAUUUGUACAAAA